AGAACCUCCACAGAUCAAAGAGGAAGAAGAAGAACCAGAACUUCCACAGAUCAAAAAGGAAGAACCAGGACUUCAUCAUUUUAAGGAGGAGCAGGAGGAACCAAAAUCCUCACAGAUUGAGGAACAUGAGGAACUCAGUACCAGCCAGAAGGGAGAACACUUUAUUCUGAAGUUUAAAAGUGAAACCUUGAAGGUUCCUUCUGUUGAGGAUCACAGUGACCUGAGUGAACCAGAAGUACCAGAGACUGAGUGGUUCCUCUCUCAGGACUCUGAAGUCCACCAUGAGAAAAGACACAUGGACUCAGAAUCAACUCCAAACGCGAAGCUAAAAAAACUCAAGGUGUUUCAGAGAAACAGUGUGAACAACUUUGAUGUUUCAGAGAAGCAGGCUGAAUGUGGAAAGCUUCUUUGUGAAGAAACGUGUGAGAAAACUGACCAUGAAAAACAUCAGUUAUGUCCGAAGGUCAGAGUGGUCACUGAUGAGAAGAUACUUUAUGAAACAUGUGGGAAAAGUUUCAGUCAACCGAGUCGUUUGUUGGUCCACAAGAGACGUCACACAGGUGAGAAGCCUCAUUCUUGUGAAACAUGUGGCAGAAAUUUCAGGAAACUGUGUAAUUUGUUGCGUCACAUGAGAACUCACACAGGUGAGAAGCCUUAUUCUUGUGAAACAUGUGGCAAAAGGUUCAGUGAGCGGUGUAAAUUGAAAAUCCACAUGAGAAUUCACACAGGUGAGAUGCCUCAUUCUUGUGAAACAUGUGGCAGACGUUUCAGGAAACAGGGUGAUUUGAAGGUUCACAUGAGAACUCACACAGGCGAGAAGCCUCAUUCUUGUGAAACAUGUGGCAAAAGGUUCAGUCAACGGUCUGAUUUGAAGGUCCACAUGAGAACUCACACAGGUGAGAAGCCAUAUUCUUGUGAAACAUGUUUCAAAAGGUUCAGUGAACAGCGUAAAUUAAAAAUCCACAUGAGAAUUCACACAGGUGAGAAGCCUCAUUCUUGUGAAACAUGUGGCAAAAGGUUCAGUGAACGGUGUAAAUUGAAAAUCCACAUGAGAACUCACACAGGUGAGAAACCUCAUUCUUGUGAAACAUGUUUCAAAAGGUUCAGUGAACAGCGUAAAUUAAAAAUCCACAUGAGAAUUCACACAGGUGAGAAGCCUCAUUCUUGUGAAACAUGUGGCAAAAGGUUCAGUGAACGGUGUAAAUUGAAAAUCCACAUGAGAAUUCACACAGGUGAGAAGCCUCAUUCUUGUGAAACAUGUGGCAAAAGGUUCAAUGAACGGUCUGAUUUGAAGGUCCACAUGAGAACUCACACAGGUGAGAAGCCAUAUUCCUGUGAAACAUGUGGCAAAAGUUUCAGGCAACGGAUGAAUUUGUUGAACCACAAGAUAAUUCACACAGGUGAGAAGCCUCAUUCUUGUGAAACAUGUGGCAAAAGGUUCACGUAUCGCUUUAGUUUAUUGCGCCACAUGAGAAUUCACACAGGUGAGAAGCCUUAUUCUUGUGAAACAUGUGGCAAAAGCUUUGGCCAACAGAGUAGUUUGUUGAACCACAUGAGAAUUCACACAGGUGAGAAGCCUUAUUCUUGUGCAACAUGUGGCAAGAGCUUUGGCCGACAGAGUAGUUUGUUGUGCCACAUGAGAAUUCACACAGGUGAGAAGCCUCAUUCUUGUGAAACAUGUGGCAAAAGUUUUAGCCGACAGAGUAAUUUGUUGAUCCACAAGAGAAUUCACACAGGUGAGAAGCCUUAUUCUUGUGAAACAUGUGGCAAAUGUUUCAGUCAACGGAUUAAUUUGUUGAACCACAAGAGAACUCACACCGGUGAGAAGCCUCAUUCUUGUGAAACGUGGCAAAAGGUUCAGUCAACAGAGUGAUUUAUGGUCCACAUUUAAACUCACACAGGUGAGAAAACUCAAUCUUGUGAAACGUGGGAAAAGAUUGAUUUAUUGUAAUUCAUUGCUGCACCACAGGAAUACUCUCAAAUGGAUGAAAUCAUGAAAGACUGUGAGAGAUGUUCAGGAAAUCCAACUUGAACCCAAAAUUACAACAAAUCAUCCAGUUUGAAGGAAACGUUACUGAUCACAGGGAUCAAUCCUCUGUCCCCUGCUUUUCUCUUUAUAUGUUAAUGACUUACCAAACAUAUGUAAGAAUGUGGAUACAAUUAUGUAUGCUGACGACACAGUAAUCUUUACGUACAGCAAUCGUCAUAUCGCACGUAUAAGAUCGUUAAGGAUUAUAACGUCUGGACGAUUUCAUAAAUCAGAAAGAUCGUUAAACCAUCAAUAGGGCAAGUUCUCCUCGUUCUUUUUUCACCUAUAUAUUUUUUGGAGUGAUGAUGUUACCUGAAAGCUUCAGAUAAUAUUAACUAAAUAUUCCCUCUAGUGCAGUUAUCCACAUACAUAAU